UUUAUUUGUGUGUCCUGGGGCCCCUUCAAUGAUGAGGAGGAGUCGAAGGCUGUAGCUCUUUUUGCCUGUAGCUCUGCUCAGGGCUUCCGCACGCUGCGUAUUUCUCGUCUUGUUACUUUCCGCGCGCAUUUCGGUGUCGCUUCCAGAUGGCUGCCAGCUUCCGCGUGCUUCUUGCGGCUUCCGCGCUCCCGCUCGUUGCCAGCCUCACCGUAGCGACAGAGGCGGCGUCCGAGUCUCACCGUCGCGUGGACAGGGUGGCCGCCAAGAAGUCGCUGGUGGCCACGGUGCUUAAACACACGCAGGCAGCACCAGUGGACUUGAUGUUGAGCCACCAGAUCCGCAUGCUCACCUCCUCGCACAAGAACGUGGGACAGGUGGCGGUCAUCAACGCCAAGGUGCCCACGGUCGAUAAUGCGUUGGGCACGGCCCAUGACCCUGUCAUCGGGCAAAUGCGUCGUAGUUAUGGCACUACGGGCUCUGUGAAGGUUGUUGAGCUCGAGGCUAACGAGACCCGGCAGCAGGAGUUGAUGCAGAAGGUUUUCUCCCUCCGCCAGGGCAGCACCGCUUCCUUCGCGAAGAAGUUCUUCAAGCAGAACCUCACGUCUCCCGACAUGAAGCGCCAGAUGGCACAUUUCAACGCGAUGAUGCUGUUCAUCGACCUCUGCAGCCAGGCUGAGUACGGCGUGGAGAUCUGCAUCAACAUGGAGGGGGAGUCCUUCGUGCACAGGCAGUCCAAGAAGGGCCUGAUCGAGCUGUCCAGCGACCUCUUCGACGAGGACGAGGAGGUGAUCGCCCUUCAGGCUCCGACCUACUGCGACUACACGCAGGCCCACCACAGGCCUGCGUGGGCGAAGAAGGAGCACUGGAGCAACAGCAGCUUCACGAAGUGCGUCGCCAACGCGACCAAGGCCAAGCCAGAGGCCGGCCUCGGGAACAUGCUCUUCAACCGCCAGCGCCUGAUGGCGGCGCUGCCGCUGAGCGUGAACGCGGAGGACCUGGACCUCAAGCAGGGCUUCGACCACGCGCUCCUGGCGGGGCUGGUGCCUGGGUCCGCGGCGGUCAAGGGCAUGCAGUGCGGCCACUCCUUCGUCAUCCGUCCGCCGGGCGAGGAGGCCCAGUGCAAGGGCGCGAAGAAGAUGACGCUCAAGAGCCAGGCGCUCACAGCCGGCAAGUCCAAGGACUCGGAGGCCAACCAGAGGGCGGCGCUCGACACCCUCUCCGGAGAGUAUGGCUCCUUCAACCAGAGGGUGGUCCAGGGCAUCGAGGUGCUGGCAGACCGCAUGGAGAGGGGCAUGCUCCCCGGCACGACCGGCAACGUCGGAGACAGGUGCCUGGAGAUGUGCCCGUCCGAGGACCGCAUCAAGGGGGGCAUGGCGUGGUGAGCCGCUCGGCACACGCAGCCCGCGCACGGGAGGGGCCUCCUCCUCCUCCUCCUCCUUCCUCCUCCUCCUCUUCUUCCCUCCUCCUCCUCCCUCCUCCUCCCUCCUCAAAAGGAUCCCGGUGUUCGGACGCGGGCCGCAAGCAAUUUUUGGCGGCCUGGUCUGGCGGGGCACGGGCCGGGGCCAGUGCCGGCAGGCGCUGGUGGCGACGACCGGCGUUGGCGGCAGUCAGGAGAAGUGGGGCUAGGCAAGGGCCAGGCGAGGAGUGGCGGCAACCAGCGUUAGCUAGAGGUGAGCGAAGUCGGUGAGAGCCAGGGCCAUCGGAGCCAGGCAGGGGCAGGUAGGAUCUACUGGCGGCAAUGUUCGUUCAGGAUCGAUGCUUUGCUCGCGUCGUCCAGACUGGUGGUCUCGCCCCAGCGUUGGCCAUAUUUCUGGAUCACAUGCCUUCGUCGUCGUUGUCGUCCCGCUCAUUUCCCCUCCGCAUUCCCGUUGUCCUCUUUCUCCUACUGCUUCUCCUUCCUCCUCCCCAUCCUUCUGC